GCUCCAGGCCAGCAAGGCGCGUGUCGUCCAGGAGCUGUCCAAAGACAUCCACAUGACCAACGGGAAGCUCCUGGUGCUGGCAGAGCUGGUCGAGUGCGUCGCUUGUGCUAUCUGCGCCGACGGCCACGCCUUGUUCUCUUGCGACUCCGAGAGUCAGGUCCUUACCCAUAUAUCAAGGAAUGACAUUGGGGAGAUUGUCUUUGGUGCCACAGAGCCUGUUGGUCUCGGGACGUCUUUAGCUGCCUCUGUCGCCUUCAGCAAAGAACCCAGCCGGCUAAAGGACUUGCUCGGGGACCGCCGCGUGCCAGACGGGCUCACUGUGAGCACCAACAGAGCCCAAAGCGCCAUGGGAUUACCUGUUGCCGAUGACACCGAAAUCUGUAUAGGUGUUGUUGAAUUCUAUAGGUAUGCAAAAUAUAGUCAGUUCUCAGAGGAGGAAGAGGAGGUUGCCUCUCUCCUCAUGGUGCUGGGCUGCACGGCUCUUGCCAAAGCUGAGAACGUCGCCCAGCGGCUUGUGGACGCGGACAGAGCCUCUCUCUUCCUCGUGGACCACCACACCAACGAGCUCUACGCCCGGAUCUUUGACAUGGGCUACGACAAGAAACGCUCUCUUCCGCCCGCGCCCGACAGCGACAACAACGGAACUGAGGUCGACCCGGGCGGCGCUCAGACAGCCGCGGUGGCCGAACGUCGGACGUGUGAGGAGAUCAGGUCUGCACGGACUUUGAGACUUCACACGUUCCUCCUACACGCAAACGUUUCACCCUCACCUCUUUGA